ACACCCCUGCCAGCCACCUGUGGGCUCCCAGCCACCCACGAGCGCAGGCUGGCCAUGUGUAUUAACCCACGCGAUUGCCCUCCCGUGCCUCCCACGAUAAUGCCAACAUUCCUCUCGACUCCACUUGUUUUAGCGUUCCAAAGAUCAUGAGUGUGGAUCCCGAAUACCAUCUCAAGCAUACAAACGUGUCACUCCCCCAGCUCUCGCAUUCGAGCUCGCAGAAAAGCAUUGCCGCAUCAGAAGGCUACUACAGCGCGUCCGAGCACAACUCGAGCGACAGCGACGACCGCAAGCGCUUCUACCAGACACCGACGACCCGCACGCCCACACGGAGCCAUGAGCAGUUGCACACACAGAACCCAGCUCCGGUAACAUCGCUACGAGGCGUAGGCAUCCCGCGCGGACAGCUUCAGCAGCCGCACCCCGCACAUCUACAGAACCGGCCCAUCUCGACCAUCGCUGAAGAGCGGAGAUCGAUGGACACCCGGCGGCGGUCCAAUGUGGACUCGGAUUCACAGCCAACGACACCCGGCCAGGACACAACGCCGUACAUCCGGUUUGCAAUUGACCAGCUCACGCGCGAUGAGGAAGUCCGCGGGUCACGGGUGUACCCCGAGGUGCGGCAGUACGAUGAAGACUACCCCGUGGAGCGGAUAGUGCCCGACAGCGGUCUGGGCUACAUGGCGCAGGAGCAGCAGACACAGCAGCGGAUGGCCGAGCACAUGUCGCCAAACUCGAACAGGCACUCGCGGCGGCAUUCGAUCCCCCGCAAGCCGCUUUCGCCCCAGAGCGUGCAGUUCUUGUCGCCGGCCCCGGCAUACGAGUCGCCUGCGCGCACGAGACAGCCCCAGUACUACAACCACCUCACACCCGCCCAGGCGCAGUCAGAGCCGCUGCUGCACGAUGACCCGCGCCUGCAGUACCCACAAGCCUCGGCCUUCAGCGUAGACAAGGACGUCUUCGUUGCACACGACCUCGAGCACCUGCCGCUGCGCUUCGUCCCGGCCAUUCUUCGCCCCGUCUGGCUGGGCCUCUACGUCUUCCUCUGCCUGCUUAUGCUGGCUGCGCUCAUCGCCUCUGCAGUGCUGUCGCUUCGAAGCGGAGGCAGCGGACUGUGGGACUACACAAGAUUCGGCGACGGACGCUACUUCGUCUUCGAGUACCUCCCGACGCUGCUCGGCAUGAUCCUCUUCCUCUGGCUCAUCCAGAUCCAGGUUGCUCUGCAGCGCAUUAUUCCGUUCCUGGCAAUGGCAUCAGAUUCGUUCCACCGUCGCUCCGAGGCUGUCUUCCUCGAGCUCCAUCCGAUGCAGUUCCUGCUGCCCAGGCUCGAACACUUCCGCGCGGGCCACCCAGCUGUGGGCACUUGCUACGUCAUCUUUUGGCUGUUCGCAUGGACAAUUCCGCUUCUUGCGGCGUCCUUCAACGUUCGCUACGAUCCGACCAGCUCCGCUUGGCGAUGGGUUGCCGUGCAGGGCGUCAUUUGGACCGUCGUCGCGCUGUACAUACUUCUGGUCAUUGCCCUGGUCGUCGUGCUCGUCGUUCUGCGCCAAAGCACCGGUCUCCGGUGGGACCCGAGAUCUAUCGCCGACGUAGUUGCGCUUCUUGAGCGUUCCAACGUCAUGGCUGAGUACGAAGGCUCUGAGAUCUUUACCAAGGGCGAAUGGGACCAGCUGCGCAACCGCGCCGACCGCAUCGGAUACUGGAGCACCUCGAACCGCACCAACGACAUAUUCUACGGCAUCGGCGAGGAGAACGGCGAGACGCGCCGCUUUUCCGUUGAAGAAGGGCGCAUUCGAGAGAAGUUUUCGGAUCGAACACAGCCCGAGCACGCCCACAACGACCGCACAGGCGACUUCCACAUCCGAACCGAUCUCCGCAGUCCUGCAAUCCGCCUGCGCUUCCUGCCCUGGUACUUGAAGGACGGCGCGGUCAUUGGCUACAUCGUGGUCGGCAUUGUUCUACUCAUUGCUUUCUACGCCGUCUCGUUCGUGAACUCUAAUGUGCGCCUGGGGUUUCUUCCGUCCGUCACAGCACGCACGAACGACGCAGGAUUCUCGACCUCGAACUUCGUCUACUCGUUUGUUCCUGCCCUCAUAGGACACUUCCUCUUCCUCACGAUCCUCUCCCUGGACUACUCGCGUCGCAUCCUCCAGCCCUACAUGGCUCUGGCUUCCAAGGGCGGCGCCACAGCGGAGACAUCCCUCCUGCUGGACUACCCGUGCCGCCUCCCCAUCUCCGCCACGCUUUCUGCGCUCAUGAACCGACACUUCGCCACUGCGCUGCUCUCCUUCGUCUCGCUCGCCAGCAUCAGCAUCCCCGUUCUCGCCGGCGGCUGUUUCUGGACACAAUACUACACCACCGACGACGCCGUCCGCGUCUCCGCCGACCUCCCCGGCUACUACGCGCUCUGCUUCUUCCUGGCCCUCUACACCAUCGGUUUGCUCGCCCUGCUCCCGGGCCGCAAGCGCGCCGCGCUGCCCCACCGCUCCAACACGCUCGCCGAGACCAUCAGCUGGGUCUACGCAUCCCCGCUGCUCGGCGACCGGGCCUUCAACCGCCCACAGACAAAACCCGAGCUCGUGACCCGCCUCAUGGGCACCGCCUACGCAGACCGCAGCUUCGCGCAGUCAGUGCUCUCGCUCGUGCGCAGCGACGCCGCCAACCCCGCGCUGCUCGAGAAAGAGUCGCGCCGCGUCGGCGUCCCGCACCGCGACAGCAUCGGCGAACCCGGCGCAAUACGAUACGGGUUCGGCAUCUUCGUGGGCCGCGACGGGCUGGAGCACCUCGGCAUCGACCGCAUUCACCGCCGCGAGCGGCCCACGGGGCUGGUCAUCUGGGAGGAGCAGCAGGCGCGGUCGAAGAAGCGCGGGCGGAAGAGCAAGAGCAAAGGCAGGAGCAAAAGUAACAAGGGGAGUAAGCACGACAGAAAACACGGCGAUGAAACGGAGCACAUGGUGUGAGCGAGGAGCGAGGAGCGAAUGAGACGAGUAUUUAAACUUUCCACGCAUAUAACGCAUUUACGGCAUUUACAACGGCGCGGCCACGUAGUCUGUCUGCAUUCCCGGACCGUGGCCGCACCGACGACUGGCACGAUUUAGACAACGGCAUGGUGCGAUACCAGAUUUUUGAAAAAGCUUGAUAGUAACGACGUAAUAACACUUACUUGCCUAUUCUGUUUACUGGGAGCUUACGAU